GCGACGCUUGGCGCCACCGUACUGCGCAGGCGCCAGCCCUCGGCCCGCAUGCGCACCCAGUUCUGCGCGGCCUGAGCAAAUUUCCUCUUACACUCCCUCCGCAGCAGGCUCCAGUUUCUCCUCCUAUCUUCUCCAUUUUACUAGUCCCUGCAGGAUUUCACUAGAAUAUUGCUUGGAGAAGGUAUGGAAGUUCUGCGCCCACAGCUUGUAAGAAUUGGUGGACGGAUUUACAGAAAAAAUCCCGUCCAAGAACAGACUUAUCAACAUGAAGAAGAAGAUGAAGACUUCUAUCAAGGCUUUGUGGAGUGUGCAGAGGAGCCCUGUGAUGCCUACGAGGUGGUGCAGACCCAGCAAGGUUUCCGGUGUACCGUGAAGGCCCCCAGUUUGCUCUACAAGCAUAUAGUUGGCAAAAGAGGGGACACUAGGAAGAAACUAGAAGUGGAAACCAAAACAUCUAUUAGCAUUCCUAAGCCUGGACAAGAAGGAGAAAUUGUAAUCACUGGCCAGCAUCGAAGUGGUGUAAUUUCAGCUCGAACUCGGAUUGAUGUUCUUUUGCUCACUUUUAGAAGAAAGCAACCCUUCACUCACUUCCUUGCCUUUUUCCUCAAUGAAGCUGAGGUUCAGGAGCGAUUCCUGAAGUUCCAGGAGGAAGUACUGGAGAAGUGCUCCAUGGAUCAUGGGGUUGAUAGCACCAUUUUCCAGAAUCCCAAAAAGCUUCACCUAACCAUUGGGAUGUUGGUGCUUUUGAGUGAGCAAGAGAUCCAGCAGACAUGUGAGAUGCUACAGCGGUGUAAAGAGGAAUUCAUUGAUGACAUUUCUGGGGGGAAACCCCUAGAAGUAGAGAUGGCAGGGAUAGAAUACAUGAACGAUGAUCCUGGCGUGGUGGAUGUUCUUUAUGCCAAAGUCCAUAUGAAAGAUGGCUCCAACAGGCUGCAGGAAUUAGUCGAUCGAGUGCUGGAACGUUUUCAGGCAUCUGGACUAAUAGUGAAAGAGUGGAAUAGUGUGAAACUCCAUGCGACAGUGAUGAACACUCUAUUCAGGAAGGACCCCAAUGCUGAAGGCAGGUACAAUCUCUACACAGCGGAUGGGAAAUACAUCUUCAAGGAGAGAGAAUCAUUUGAUGGGCGAAACAUUUUAAAGCUGUUUGAGAACUUCUACUUUGGUACCCUGAAGCUCAAUUCAGUUCACAUCUCUCAGAGGUUCACAAUAGACAGCUUUGGAAACUACGCCUCCUGUGGGCAAAUUGACUUCUCCUGAGGUGGAUCUUGGGAAGCGCUAGAAGUUGAACAUCCUCACAAGGUGCAGAGGGAAAGUAUCUUCGUUUGAAUUACUGAAGAGGGAUGUAGAAAUUUGGAUGGUGACUUUACUGGGAGGUUCCCCACACAAACCAUGGUCUCUAAUGGUUGUUCACAGUCCUCAAACUGUCUGUCAUCCAAGGGGGUUGUGGGUACGGGGUGGUUAUGUAACCCUUGGCUUUUUCAUCUUUCACAGGGUCUACCUUUCUUUCUGAAGUUCUUCUCUGGAAAUGUACAUCUCAAGCCCAUUGGAGCUGAGAUUCACGUUAUUUCUUAUACACCUACUGAUUUUGCUCCAGCCAUUAAACUUUCAUAUUAAUACUUUAAAAGAGAAUUAAAGACGUGGUUUUGUUACUCUCUCCACCUAAAUCAAAUGUCUACAGUUUUUAGAAGGUUUGAUUUUUACUUCCUUUAUACCUUAACUUUUUUUUUUUGAAUAUUUAUUAUUUUUUUUUAAAGAUUUAUUUAUUUGAGAGAGCGAGAAUGAGAGAGAGAGAGAGAGUACGUGACGGGGGAGGGUUAGAGGGAGAAGCAGACUCCUCGCUGAGCAGGGAGCCCAAUGCGGGACUAGAUCCAGGGCCUCCAGGAUCAUGACCUGAGCCGAAGGCAGUCGCUUAACCAACUGAGCCACCCAGGCACCCCUUGAAAAUUUAUUUUUUUUAAAGAGAGAAAGAGCAGGGGGAGGGGCAGAGGGAGAGGGAGAGAGAGAAUCUCAAGCACUCUGCACUGAGCAUAGAGCCCAAUCUCACGACCCUGAGAUCAUGACCUGAGCUGAAAUCAGAAGUUGGACGCUUAACCCACUGAGCUACCCAGGUGCCCCUGUACUUUAACUUUUUUUUUUUUUUUUUAAGAUUUUAUUUAUUUGAGAGUGAGAGAGAGCUAGAGCACACGGGCAAGAGAACACAUGAGCCGAGGGGAAGGGCAGAGGGAGAGGGAGAAGCAGACUCCCUGCUGAGCAAGGAGCUGGAUGCAGGGCUCCAUCCCAGGACUCUGGGAUCACGACUGAGCCGAAGGCAGAUGCUCAACCAAUUGGGCCACCCAGGUGCCCCUGUACCUUAACUUUUAAUCACUACCCAGAAGGUUUAACCAUUUGUUAGUGUACAGUUCAGCAUUGUUAAGUGUACUAACAUUGUUCUGAAACAUCUCCAGAACUUUCUCAUCUUGCAAAUCUGAAACUAUACCUGUUAAACAACUCUCCAUUUCCCUUUCCCUCAGAUCCCUGGCAACCACCCCUCUACUUUCUUUCUGUGAAUUUGUCUACUUUGGAUUCCUCAUAUAAGUGGGAUCAUACAGUAUUUGUCUUUUUGUGACUGGCGUAUUGCACUUAGCAAAACAUCCUCAAGGUUCAUCCAUGUUGUAGCAUUGGUCAAAAUUACCUUCCUUUAAAAAAGGCUGAAUAAUAUUCCCUUGCACGUGUACCCCACGUUUUGUUUAUCCAUUCAGCCACCACUGGACACUGGGGUUCCUUGACGUCUUGGUUGUUGUGAAUAUAGUGCUCUACGAACAUGGGUGUAUAGGGAUCGCUUCGCGAUCCUGCUUUCAGUUCCUUUACUACUCAGAAUUUUA